UUCAGUCAGUUUAGUGUCUCGAGCGGAGUUUAGUUAACGUGAGUAACUGUUCAUCGCGUUGUUUUGGUGUCUGUAAAUUGGUGUUUACACAAUACAUUAUCACAUAUCGAUGUCGCGUCUUCAGCUUAGUGUGGCGAUGUGAUUGUUCAGCGAGUAUGUCGUCGUUGAUAGAGUGACGAGUGAAGCUACAAGGCGUGUUUAUGAAUGGAGUUGUACCGUACCUUGGGAGUGGCUGCGGAUAACAGUUAGUGCACGUGUUGUGGAGUUUAGUGUUGUGUUUUGUGUAGUGAUGUGAAAAAAACAUCGUGGCGAUGGAAGAAAUGCCUUGCCGCAACAUUCGGAUACCUUUGGGAAACCAUCAUCAUCAGUCUGGGAGCCGCUCGAGUACGUGUUACGGAAGCGGCGACGACGUUUCGUGGCGAUGGCACUUUGUACUGGUCGUCAUCAUUGUACUCGUCCUGCUCACCACCUCGGCGGCUGGCCAACGCGGUACCGAGGUUGCUCUGGCCAACUCCUCUGGAGUGUGCCAGAGUAGAGAUAUCCGGAAUUCAGUUGAUCAGUUCAACCAGCUGAUAGGAUGCAGAGUUAUCGAAGGAUUUCUGCAAAUUGUGCUAAUAGACAAGGCGGACCCCAACGAGUAUGAGAACCUAUCUUUCCCAGAGCUGAGGGAGGUGACUGGCUACAUCUUGUUGUAUCGGGUCAACGGGCUGCGAUCACUUGGUAAACUGUUCCCCAACCUGUCAGUAAUAAGAGGCAACGAGUUGUUCUUUGACUAUGCACUGGUCGCCUUCGAAAUGCUACAUCUUCAGGAGCUGGGCUUAUCAUCUCUAACUGACAUCAUGCGAGGUGGAGUUUACUUUGUCAAGAAUCCAAUGCUCUGCUAUAUUGACACCAUAGACUGGGACCUCAUCGCGAAACAAGCUCCAAAAGGACCGGACGCUAAAAAGGAGGAAAUACACUUUAUAAGGAGUAACAAGAAGAAAAACGAGUGUCCAAUCUGUCCGAAGGAAUGCAUGCAGAUGGUUGGAUCCCAGGAACAUCUUUGUUGGAGUCCUAGCAGGUGUCAGAAAGUAUGUCCCAGCAACUGCACUGGAGGCAAUGCAUGUAACAGCACCAAUCAUUGCUGUCAUGAGAAUUGUCUUGGAGGAUGUUUCGGACCUACAGAGUCGGACUGUUACGCAUGCCGUGGAGUCUUGUAUGAAGGCAAGUGUAUCAACGAAUGCCCACCGGACACGUUCAAGUACAUGAACCGCAGAUGUGUGACGGAGCAGGAAUGCCAUCGGAUGCCAAAGCCUCGUCAGACCAGCCAGGAUAUUGUUGAUAUGGUUGAUUAUCCUUGGAAGCCCUUCAUACCUGACAGGGAAUGUAUCCUGCAAUGUCCCGCCGGAUAUCUAGAGGAAGAAGAACAGCACGGCAGAUACGUCUGUAAACCUUGUCAAGGCUACUGCAAGAAGGAAUGUUCUGGGGCGAGUGUGGACAGUAUAGCCAAGGCUCAGAAGUUACGAGACUGUACGUUCAUUAAAGGCUCCUUGGAAAUACAAAUCAGAGGCGGCAUAAACGUGGUCAAAGAGUUGGAAGAAAACUUGAAGAUGAUUGAAGAGAUUCAGGGCUACUUGAAGAUUGUGAGAUCCUUUCCGCUCAUGUCACUGAACUUUCUCAAGAAACUCAGAGUGAUUCAUGGAGAACCCUUGGAAAGUGGGAAAUAUGCUCUGGUAGUACUAGACAAUCAGAACCUCAUGGAGUUGUGGGACUGGGAAACUAAAGGCAAAGACUUCCAGAUUCGCAAAGGUCGUCUGUUUUUCCACUUCAACCCCAAGUUGUGCAUCGACAAGAUACACCAGCUGAAAACUAUCGCACACCUUCCAGACUACAAUGACAUGGAGGUGGCCCAGAACUCUAAUGGGGACAAAGUUGCUUGCAAUGUAAGGGAGUUGGAGGCAAUGGUGUACAAGACAUCAUCCAAGGCAGUUCUGAUCAAGUGGAAGCAGUUCUCUCACUACGACAGUCGGACACUUCUUGGAUAUGUCGUGUACACUAUAGAGGCUCCUUAUCAGAACAUCACCAUGUACGACGGCCGAGACGCCUGCGGAGGAGACGGAUGGCGGGUGGACGAUGUGUCGGCACCCGAACCACCUGACAAGGACACACCCGACCACGAGCUACCUGAGAUGCAGCACAUUCUCACCCAGCUACAACCUUACACCCAGUACGCCUUCUACGUCAAGACCUACACAAUCGCCACUGAGAAAGUCGGGGCCCAGAGCAAGAUACAGUAUUUCCGCACCUUCCCUGACAUUCCAACAGUACCACGUGCUCUCAAGGCUUACUCCAACUCUUCAUCGGAGCUGGUCAUUCACUGGAACCCCCCUGCAGUACCUAACGGCAAUGUUACUCAGUACAUCGUACGAGGCACUUGGGAACAUGACGAUCAGAAGUUUCUGGAACAACGGAACUACUGCAAUGAGCCAGCACUCGCCUUAUCCGACAAGAGCAGCAAACCUUCAACAACAAAGGUAGAAGAUGGAGAUGUAGACAAGUAUGGAGAUGACGGAGACGUAAGUCUCAGCAAGUACGCCAAGGAGAAGGAAUGUGCGUGUAAGAAAGAUGACAAAGAAGAGAAGGAAAAGAAACAGAAAGAGAAGGAAAUACAAUUCCAGAUCCACUUUGAAGACGCUUUACACAACCAAGUCUACGUCAAAAGAAAAAAUGUCCCCGAGAAACUCAACUCUGAAUCACAAGAGAGGCCUCAAAGAGAGAAGAGGGAGAUUCAAUUUCGAGACGAAAAAGGCAACAAUGAGUUUCCCAGCCCGAACAAGGGAGGUUUGACGCUUCUGGGAGAUUCCAAGAACAAAAACCCUCCCGAUUCUCAGGAGAACUUUGAGUACGUGGUUGGUAACUCUCACAUGCUGGUUGUGCGUAAUCUCCGCCACUUUGCUCACUACACGAUAUCAGUGACUGCCUGUAGAGAACUGACAGAGGAUGAGAAGAACAGCAGGAAGAAUAACAACUGCAGCGCACAGGCCAUACUGUCAGCCAGGACGCAGCCUUUAAGUACGGCGGACAAUGUGAAGCAACUCACGGUGAUAGUAUUGGAAGAGAGCAACCACACGGGCGACGUGCUGCUCAAGUGGGACGAACCUCCAAACCCUAACGGCCUCAUCGUCACUUACCAGAUAGAGUAUCGCCGCAUUGACAUAGAGAAUUACAAGCCUACAGUGGAGUGUAUCACAAGGUUACAGUUCCACAACAUGAGCAAGUCCUACAUCCUCAAGAACCUCGGCCCUGGCAACUACAGUGUCAAAGUGAGAGCUACCUCACUGGCUGGCAACGGCAACUACACAGAGAGUGCCUACUUUGACAUCAAGGAGCGGAGAAAUGCUUACAACACUCAACUUUUCAUCGCCUUCAUCCUUUGUCUGGGGCUGCUGUCGGCCUUUGCGGCCGCUGGGAUCUUGUACUACCGCAAGCAAUCGGAGCAAAACAACCCCAGACUGUUUACGACAAUCAACCCGGAAUACGUGAGCACUGGUCAGUACCAGGAUGAAUGUUUUUGUAAGUAUUGUAAGUGUUGUUAGGGGAACACUCGGGAAGUCUGCAGUAGUCAGUUUAUAACAUGAAUAGUCGCUUGGGGUAUACAUAAUCUUUAUAACUAACCAGGGAUUUAUACGUCUGUCAAACUGAAUGCUAAAUGUUUAAAUGGUACUUAUGUCAAGUGGAAGUUUCCACCAAAGAAGACUAUUGGGAGAAUGUAUGUGGGAAUUUAGUCAUGUGAAUAUCUUGUGAGGGAUUAUUUUGGACAUUUCCCAUCAAAA